CUUAUAUCAGUUAAAAAACAAGCACUCUUCCCUGGUCUCACUAUAGGCAUGCAUAGCAUUAUUAUUUUUUACUAAGCCAAAAAAUAUUUUUUAUUUCUAUUUUGUUGUAAAAGAAAAACCCAUAAACCGCGCAACCCUAGCUGAACCCUCUUCUCUUCUCCGGCAACCACCGCCACAGUAGCAGAAUGGACUUCACUCCGCCGCCAAUCGAGGACGGUUUCACGGCGGAGAAGCUCUUCAACCAGGGCUUCUCCUACACCUACGACGACGUCAUCUUCCUCCCUCACUACAUCGACUUCGCCGCCGACGCCGUCGACCUCUCCACCAACCUCACCCGAAACCUCCGCCUCUCCACCCCUCUCGUCGCCUCCCCCAUGGACACCGUCUCUGAGGCGGCGAUGGCCGUCUCCAUGGCGGCCCUCGGCGGCAUCGCCAUCGUCCACUCUAACACCACUCCCUCCCGCCAAGCCUCCUGCGUCCGCGCCGCCAAGUCUCACCGCGUCCCUAUUGUCUCUGACCCCGUAUUCUGCUCGCCCUCUGCCGCCAUCGAAUCCGGCGAGAACUUCUCCGACUCGCCCUUCAUCCUCGUAACCGAAUCCGGCAACGCGAAGUCGAAGCUCCUCGGGUAUGUCUCGAGGGCUGACUGGGCCAAUCAAAACGACAAGGGCACUAGGGUUUCCGAUUACAUGGCGAAAGUGCCGGUGGCACUGACGUGGGACGCCGAUUUGGCGCGAAUUGAGGAGGAAUUGAGAGAGAAGGAGGCGAAUUCGGCGGCUUUGGUGAGGGAUGGUGAGGUGGUGGAUAUGGUGAUGAAGGAGGACGUUGAGAGGGUGAAAGGGUAUCCGAGGUUGCCGGCGGUGGGGUCUGUAGGGGCGGACGGAGAGUGGAUGGUGGGCGCGGCAAUUGGGACGAGGGAGGAAGAUAAGGAGAGGUUGGAGCAUUUGGUGAAGGCUGGGGUGAAUGUGGUGGUUUUGGAUAGCUCACAGGGGAACUCUGUUUAUCAAUUGGAUAUGAUAAAGUAUGUGAAGAAGGUGUAUCCUGAGUUGGAUGUGAUUGGUGGGAAUGUGGUGACUAUGUAUCAGGCUGAGAAUUUGAUUCAAGCUGGUGUUGAUGGGUUGAGGGUUGGUAUGGGGUCUGGGUCUAUUUGCACCACUCAAGAGGUCUGUGCAGUUGGGCGUGGUCAGGCAACUGCUGUUUACAAGGUCUCAUCCAUUGCUUACAAAAGCGGUGUUCCUGUGAUUGCUGAUGGUGGCAUCUCAAACUCUGGUCAUAUUGUCAAGGCUUUGUCAUUGGGAGCAUCUACUGUUAUGAUGGGAAGCUUCUUAGCCGGUAGCACUGAGGCUCCUGGGGCUUAUGAAUAUCAGAAUGGUCAACGUGUAAAAAAGUACAGGGGAAUGGGUUCCCUAGAAGCUAUGACCAAGGGGAGUGAUGCAAGGUACUUGGGUGAUACAGCAAAGCUAAAAAUUGCACAGGGGGUUGUUGGAGCAGUUAAAGAUAAAGGUUCUGUCUUGAAGUUUAUACCAUACACCUUGCAAGCAGUCAAGCAAGGGUUUCAAGAUAUCGGUGCCUCCUCCCUGCAGUCUGCUCAUGACCUUCUAAGAUCCAGGGUGACAAGGCUAGAGGUCCGGACUGGAGCAGCACAGGUUGAAGGUGGAGUUCAUGGGCUGGUUUCUUAUGAAAAGAAAUACUUUUGAAAUAUGAAAACAUCCAAAAUGAUAAGCUGUGAUAGAAACUAAACUAUGGUUGCAGUUGAGUGUAAAAGAAGCUACCAAACUGUUAUUGGGGCAGUCGCAAUUUGCUGCAACUGAUGCUGAGGGGAAUUAAAGUUUAUAUGAAUAGAACAUCGGGGAAAUUUUUUUCCCUGGGGUUCUGAAGGAAGACACCACUAUGAUUUCGUGGGAGUAUUCUGGGUUGUUAUUUUAUAAAUUGAUCCUUUAGAUUUUGGUUCUGUCAAAUUUGUCCUAGACUUUCCUAAAUACAUUUUCAUGGUUUUCUUUCUUAUUAAGUUAAUGUUGUUGUUAGCAGUUAUUUCGUUAAAACUUUUGGUGGGGAACGAUAUAAUGUGCUGUGAUUUGUAUAUGCUGCAAUAGUAAUACUAACACUUCUGGAGAAAGAAAUGCUGGGAUAAAAUUGAUGAUUGGAUAACAAAUUUGUAUUUUCAUAUUUAGUUAUGGUAUGUCUUGAUGAGAAAUA